AUGGAAACCUCACCUGUAACUACUCCUGAUCCCUACGUGGAUCCUUCUUCAUCUCUAACUAACAACACGGCUACAACCUCUACCUCUAAUACUAGUAAUAAUAAUUCUACCAGCUAUGGGGUUUUGCUAAACUUGUUUCACUCACCAUUAUCUCUUCUACUCGAAUAUUCCCGUGUGGUUUCGGCCACUUCUAUCUCUGCCCAUCAAGAUUCUUACCCUGUUGGUGAUAUUCAGACCCAGUCGCCCAAUUCCAUUGACAAUCUAAGCAGUGUGAGUCCUGGGGAGGUUUCAAUUCAGAUAAUUAGACCGGAGAAUGCUGAAACCGAAACCACAGAGGCAGUGUUGGAAAAUGAGCAGGCAAAUCCAUUAGGGGCUGGGGAAACGCUUCCAUUGGUGCCUCCUUCAGUUGAAGGUAAUACUUCUCGUGAUAAUUCUUACCGAAGUUAUGAUAUUCAGCAGCUUGCUCGGUGGGUCGAACAAGUUCUUCCAUUUUCAUUACUCUUGCUGGUUGUCUUCAUUCGACAGCAUUUGCAAGGCUUUUUCGUUACAGUUUGGAUUACAGUAAUGAUUUUUAAGUCGAAUGAUAUCCUUCGAAAGCAGACUGCUUUAAAGGGAGAGAGGAAAAACUCUGUUCUCAUCGUAAUCUCUAUCGGUUUUAUGCUUCAUGUGGUUGGAAUUUACUGGUGGUUUCGACAUGAUGAUCUUUUAUAUCCAUUGGUCUUGAUUCCUCCGAAAACAAUUCCACCUUUCUGGCAUGCUAUAUUCAUCAUCCUAGUGAAUGAUGCAAUGGUGAGGCAGGCAGCAAUGGCUCUUAAGUGUCUACUACUAAUUUAUUAUAAGAGUGGCAGAGGCCAUAAUUUCCGCCGGCAGGGUCAAAUUCUAACUUUGAUCGAGUAUGCUCUGCUGUUUUACCGUGCACUGUUGCCAGCACCGGUCUGGUACCGAUUUUUCUUGAACAAAGAUUAUGGAAGCCUCUUUUCAUCAUUGACCACAGGGCUGUAUUUAACUUUCAAGCUUACCACCAUUGUUGAGAAGGUGCAAUCUCUCUUUGCUGCCUUAAGGGCAUUGUCAAGGAAGGAAGUUCAUUAUGGGUCUUAUGCUACAAUGGAACAGGUAAAUGCAGCUGGAGACCUCUGUGCAAUUUGCCAAGAGAAGAUGCAUGUUCCUGUUUUAUUGCGAUGUAAACACAUAUUUUGCGAGGACUGUGUUUCUGAAUGGUUGGAGAGAGAAAGAACUUGCCCUCUCUGCAGGGCUUUGGUUAAAGCUGCAGACUUACGAUCAUUUGGGGAUGGAUCAACAAGCUUGUUGUUCCAGUUAUUCUAAUUAGUUUGAGUGACUGAGAAUGCUCUUAACAAAGGUUUCGUCCCUGUUCUUGCAUAGGCAAAUGGCGGAUGUAUAUUAAUUAGAAUCUGUUCUUGGACUGCCCAGAAAGGCCAGUGGAUUGGAAGGUAUCUCCAAAAUCAGAAGAAGUGACAUGCUCAUGUGUUAUGUUCCCUGAGUUGUAAUCAAUACCUUUGUCUUUUUUAAUUAUACGGAAUCAAAGGAAAAAAUAUGACCCUUGCUGCAUUUAUACAUGUUAAGUUUUCUAAAAGAAAAAAGCUUUUCCGAUUAGUAGACGUAUUUUGUGCUCUCUUUAUUUCAUCCAAUGCAUUUCUAUGUGUUGAAGUGGAUGCCCGUUUAGAUGAGGAAAGAAAUGGUUUUCAUGGGUUCAGUGAAAAUAGUUUGUA